AUGAAGAAAGAACGAGUCGCGGUAAUUGGAUCAGGCAACUGGGGUUCGGCUAUUACUAGAAUCAUGGCCAACAAUGUCCGUGAACAUGGCAAUCUGUUUGAAAGAGACAUCAGAAUGUGGGUUUUUGAGGAAAUCGUUAACAACCGCAAGCUUACGGAAUUAAUAAACGAAAAGCAUGAGAAUGUUAAAUAUCUUCCGGGGUAUAAGAUACCAGAUAAUGUUAGAGCGAUACCUGAUUUGAUCGAAACUGUACAAGGAGCAACGAUUUUAGUGUUUGUUGUUCCUCAUCAGUUUGUCUUGAAAGUCUGCGAACAGUUGAAAGGAAAGAUCUCAUCCGAUGUCAAAGCAAUCUCUCUGAUCAAGGGUUUCCAUGCAUCAGAAUCGGGACUUAAGCCUAUUACUCAUGUAAUUUCCGAAUACCUGAACAUCAACGUAUCUUCACUUAGCGGAGCCAAUAUUGCUCAUGAAAUUGCAGAAGAGAAAUUUUCGGAGACGACCAUCGGUUAUAAAAAUGUGAAAGACGGAGAACUAUUCAAAAUCUUGUUUGAGACAAAAUACUUUCGCGUCGGAAUAGUCGAUGAUGUAGUUGGCGUCGAAUUAUGCGGUGCUUUGAAGAAUGUAGUCGCUGUCGGAGCCGGCAUGGUUGAUGGGUUGAAGAUGGGCGAUAAUACCAAAGCUGCUAUUAUACGGAUUGGGUUGCUGGAAAUGAAAAAGUUUAUACAAACCUUUUAUUCUGGAAUAAGAGAUGAGACGUUCUUCCAGAGUUGUGGCAUAGCCGACGUAAUCACUUCUUGUUAUGGAGGAAGGAAUAGAAAAGUUGCCGAAGCAUUUGUCCUUAGUAAAAAGUCAUUCGAAGAACUCGAGAGCGAGCUUCUUAAUGGACAGAAAUUACAGGGGACGUUGACAGCCAAGGAGAUUUACCAAGUAAUAAAGAGGGAAAACUUGGAGAACGAGUUUCCACUAUUUACAACGAUUUAUCGCAUAGCAUAUGAUGGGUUGGCUCCGGAGAGGCUUGUGAAGGAUAUCGUGUAA